AUGCCUUUUUUGUGCGUCUCUCAGACUAAGAACCAGAAGGCAGCACGUGUGACCUCUGCCUCCGUGGCCGAGGAGGAGUAUGGUACUGUGCUGCACUCCUUCGUCUUUCACCGCGGCCUGGUUGGUAAAAACGUCGACCAGCUGGUUACAGACAUGCGGCGCGUCAUGGAGCCCUACACAGCAAGAGCUUUAAAGGUCGAAAGGAAAAAUGUCUUAAAAGAUUUUGUGACUGCAGCGGGACCACUGGGUGUCACACACUUUCUUAUAUUCACCAAAACUGAAACCAACGUUAAUUUGAGACUGGCACGACUUCCCAAAGGGCCCACCCUUUUUUUCCACGUUACUAAGUAUUCUCUCAUCAAAGAUGUCGUUUCAUCGUUGAAGAGGCACAGGAUGCACGAGCAGCAGUUCAGUCAUCAUCCGCUGCUGGUGCUGAAUAAUUUUGCCCUAGAUGGCAUGCAUAUCAAACUAAUGGCCACCAUGUUCCAGAACAUGUUCCCCUCCAUCAACGUGCAUACGGUCAACAUCAACAACAUUAAGAGGUGUGUGCUGCUCACUUAUGACCCGGAGUCCAAAGAAAUAGACUUCCGUCAUUACAGCCUGAAGGUGGUCCCUGUAGGCAUGAGCCGAGGAGUGAAGAAACUCAUGCAGGAGAAACUCCCCAACAUGAACAAGCUGGAAGAUAUCAGCGAUCUGCUAUUACAAGGGGUGAACCUAUCCGAGAGUGAAGCUGAACAAGACGGGGAUCACAACAUCACAGAACUGCCUCAGGUUUACUCGGGCCGUGGCAACAUGAGGUCACAGCAGAGUGCUGUCCGACUAACGGAGAUUGGCCCUAGAAUGACCCUGCAGCUGGUGAAGAUCACGGAGGGCAUGGGAGACGGGAACGUGCUUUAUCAUUCCAUUCAUACAAAGACGGAAGAGGAGCUUAUGGAGAUCCAAGAGAAAGAGGCUCGUCUGAAGGAGAAAGCAGAACGUAAACAGAAGCAGGAGCAAAAAGCCCUAAAGAAGCAGAAACGGGAUGAAAACAAGAAAAAGAGUCUGGAAGGGAUGAAGAAGAAACGGCAGCAGGAGGGAGCAGGGUCUGAUGAUAGUGAAGUGGAGGAUCCUGGGAUGCAGGAGGACCAGGCUGCGGCUGAAGAGUCGGAGGACGAGGCGGAAUACUACAGGCAGGCCGUCGGCCAGGAACCAGAUGAAGACAUGUUCCCCACUGCAAAGAGGAAACAUGGACCAGGCAAGUCACCCAGACCCUUCAAAAAGAGGAAAACGUCCUCUUCAAAAGCCUCUGAUGAGAAACAAAGCCCCCGGCCUGCUGGUAAGCCAGCUUUCGGUGGUAAAGCCUCUGCUGGCAAAAAGUUUGGAGGGAAGAAAUUUGGCGUAGGAGGCAAAGGAUUCGGGGCUAGAAAGACGGCAGGUACUGGCAGCAAGUUUGGAAAGAGCAAAUGGGGAAAGAAGUUUGGAGAAAACAAAAGGGAUGGAUUUGGUGGGAAUAAAAAUGGGCCAAAGAAAGGCCCCAGUUCGAAGCUGAAAGGACAGAGAUCGAAAACUGGUUCUGGGUUUAAAGCGGGACCGAGAGGAGGCAAAGCAAAAAAGGACUUCAAACAAAAGAAAGCGAGGAGCUGAAUGAGCUGCUGAAAAGAGCCAGGAAUCUGCAUUUUACACCAUAUGAAAGGCACUGCAGAAUAAAUCCCCAUGUUGGAGAUGUUGCCAAAUGACUCAAAGUUUAAAAGUGUAAAGUAUGUAACAUCCUCUUUUCGGAGAG